AGAUAACCCUCAUUUUCAAAAUGGUGAAACAUCCAUAGUUGUCUCUGAUGUCCUUGCAGGUGGCCCAGCUGACGGAUUACUUCAAGAGAAUGACAGAGUGGUUAUGGUUAAUGGCACACCCAUGGAAAAUGUGGCCCAUGCAUUUGCUGUGCAGCAGCUAAGAAAAAGCGGGAAAGUGGCCGUCAUUGUUGUGAAAAGACCACGUAAAGUACAGAUCCCUGCUGUUCAACGAAGCCCGUCCCUUGACUAUGGCUAUAGAGCUUUUGAAGCCAUGGAUGAUCGUGCAGAGUUUGAUGGUCGAAGCACUCGAAGCGGCUACAGUGAAAGGAGUUGGCAUAGUGGAAAUGCAGGCCGUAGCCAGAGCUGGGGAGACAACCUUGACAGGGGCUACAGAAUGGCUCAGAAUAGGGGGCGCAACCACAGCAGAGAACGCAGCUUCAGCCGGGAUCGAAGUCGGGGCCGGAGCAUGGAUAGAGAAAGAAGCUUGGACCCUGAAUGCCAGCGACCCCGAAGCAGAGGGAGGAGCGUUGAUAGAUAUGAUGCCUAUGACUAUGGGUACGAUGGUGGCAGGAGUCCACCAAGAGAUUAUGAUUGGCGAUCUCGCCCUAACCCUCAGCAUGGGAGGGAAGCAAAAAGUGGUAGCAGAGACAGGCUGAGUACCCUCAGUCGCUCGCCUGAAUCGCCACAGCCGUAUGGCUAUAGAACACAGGAGGAGCCAACUGCACCUGUUAGUAUUCUUCUCACAAAAAGCAAAUCAAAUGAAGAAUAUGGCCUGCGACUUGGAAGUCAGAUUUUUAUCAAAGAAAUGACUAGUACUGGCCUGGCAACAAAGGAUGGCAAUUUGCACGAAGGGGACAUUAUUCUCAAAAUCAAUGGUACAGUGACAGAGAAUAUGUCCUUAUCAGAUGCUAGAAAACUGAUUGAGAAAUCAAGAGGAAAACUCCAGUUGGUUGUUAUGAGAGACAGAAAACAAACUCUGAUUAACAUUCCUUCCAUGCAUGACAGUGAGUCAGAAAUAGAAGAUAUUUCAGAAAUAGAGUCAAACCGAUCUUGCUCACCUCAGGAUGAUAGAAGACUGCAUCACUCAGAUGUAGAGUGCCAUUCUUCAAAUGAAAAGCUAAAGGAGAAAUUGAGUGCAAAAGAAGACCCAACCAGUAGACUUUCCAAAAUGGGAGCAAUGCCCACCCCUUUUCGAUCAACUGUUGAUUCCACAGCUGCUUUAAUACCAGAGACAAACAGUCAAGUGAAGUACCAAGAUGAUCCUCCAGUUGUACAUCCAAAACCAGUAUCAAGAAUAUUUCUUCAGCCGAGUCCUGAGGACCAAGCAAUAUAUGGUCCUGAUACAAAAAUGGUGAAAUUCAAGAAAGGAGAUAGUGUCGGCCUCCGGCUGGCUGGUGGGAAUGAUGUAGGAAUAUUUGUUGCUGGAAUUCAAGAAGGAACCUCAGCAGAACAGGAAGGCCUGCAGGAGGGGGAUCAGAUUCUUAAGGUAAACAGUCAAGACUUCAGAGGUAUCAUUCGAGAGGAUGCUGUUCUGUACCUAUUAGAAAUUCCUAAAGGUGAUAUCGUGACAAUUUUGGCUCAAAGCAAAUAUGAUGUUUAUAGAGACAUAAUGGCUUGUGGUAGAGGGGAUUCUUUCUUCAUAAGGACACACUUUGAAUGUGAAAAGGAAACACCACAGAGCUUGGCUUUCACCAGAGGUGAUGUCUUCCGAGUGGUUGAUACACUGUAUGAUGGGAAGUUGGGCCACUGGCUGGCAGUGAGAAUUGAGAGUGAAUUAGAGAAAGGGUUAAUUCCGAAUAAAAGCAGGGCUGAACAGAUGGCCAGUGUUCAAAAUGCUCAGAGAGAUGGUUCCAGCGAUAGGGCUGACUUCUGGCGGAUGCGUGGCCAGCGGUCAGGAAUGAAGAAGAAUCUCAAGAAGAGCCGAGAAGAUUUAACAGUGAUUGCAUCUGUUGGCACUAAAUUUCCAGCCUAUGAGAGAGUUAUGCUUCGGGAAGCUGGUUUUAGGAGGCCAGUGGUGAUAUUUGGUCCCAUUGCAGACAUAGCGAUGGAGAAGUUGUGUAAUGAAUUGCCAGAGCUAUAUCAGACUGCCAAAACAGAACCAAAAGAUGCAGGUUCAGAGAAGACUACUGGUGUAGUACGUCUGAAUACUGUGAGGCAAAUUAUUGAGCAGGAUAAACAUGCUUUGUUGGAUGUGACUCCCAAAGCUGUGGAUCUGUUAAACUACACUCAGUGGUUCCCAAUUGUAGUGUUUUUCAACCCAGACAGCAAACAAGGUGUGAAAAUUAUGAGGCAAAGGCUAAUUCCCACAUCCAACAAGAGCACACGGAAGCUUUACGAUCAAGCAAAUAAGUUGAAAAAGACAUGUUUCCAUCUUUUUACAGCUACCAUUGAUCUAAAUUCAGCCAAUGAUGGUUGGUAUGGCAAUCUUAAAGAUACUAUUCAGCAACAACAAAAUGAAGCAGUGUGGGUUUCAGAAGGAAAGUUGGAAGGAAUGGAUGAUGACAUUGACGAUCGUAUGUCAUACUUAACCGCUAUGGGUGCUGACUAUUUGAGCUGUGAUAGUCGACUAAUCAGUGAUAUGGAAGACACGGAUGGGGAAGGUGGAGGUUAUACAGAUAAUGAACUUGAUGAGCCAUACUAUGAGCCAAGAGUCUCUUCUAUUAGUCGGUCCUCUGAACCUGUGCAACAGGAGGAGAGUUUAAGGAAAUUUAGCCCUGAACCAAAAAUUCAGAUGAGAAAAGCUGGUAGCAGAGAAGUUCUGAGGGACCCCAGUCCACCCCCAGCCUUCAAGCCUGAACCUCCAAAGGCUAAGUUGCAAAACAAAGAAGACCCAUAUGAUGUUCCUAAGAAUUAUGAACCCAGAACAAACAGCCCUAAUGCAGCUAGCAUUGAAAUUUCUGGAGUACCAGCUAAAGUAGCUCCUCCCCCUAUAGCCCUUAAACCAACCUUUGGGCGGCCUGUAUCGAAGUCUUCUCAACCAGUCAUUCCACCUGCUGAAGUGGAGGAAAAAGUGGGAGAAGUUGUAGAAGAGAACACACCAAAAUCUGUGCUGGGGAAAGUUAAAAUUUUUGAGAAAAUGGAUCACAAGGUGGAAAUAGCACAAAAGCACCCAGACAUUUAUGCAGUCCCAAUCAAAACACAGAAGCCAGAACAGAACUGGCCCCAGACUGCCAGUUCCAGACCUCCAGAGCCUCAGAAGCCGCCUGCUAGAUCUUACCUAGAUAAUCAAGGAAUUUACAGCAGUGAUGCAGAGGAGGAAGAUUAUCGGAGGCAGCUAUCUGAUCACUCCAAGCGUGGAUACUAUGGACAACCAUCUCGUUACAGAGAUACAGAAUUAUAGAAUUAUUAGCAGUCAAGCCAUUGUUCUGAGACCCACUUGCACAGCAAAAACUCUGAUUCUUUUUAACAAGUAUAUGUAUAUUUGGGGUUAUCAAUGAACUUGAGAGGUAUCUGCUCACUGGAAUGGCACAGUGUCACUUCAUUUAAGUAUUGGAGGGGAUGAAUCAUGGUUGCCUAUUUUUCAAAAGGACCAAAAAAAAUAUUUUUUUUAAAUUGGUAUUAAUUUCCAGCAUCUAUAAAUUUUUAACUUGCAUUUCUUUUCCUCAUUAAAAUUGCCUUUUAAAUAUUCUUUUAACUGUUGGGCCUAAUGGAAGCUUGAUGAAAACCACAAUACUUUACUGCAAGAAAAAAUAAGUGCCUUUCAAAUAAAAGUGUCUUCAGUUCUCUUAACAUCUGAUACUUGUGCAAAGCCAUGAAAUUUCUACUGCUUAUAACUUUUGUAUGUUUCAUAACUCCCAUUUUCCCCUUGGAUGUUAUUUUUCUAUUUUAAAUAGAUCUGUACACAAUUUUCAUAAGCAGUGACUGUAUAUAUUAAACUGUUUUGUAGGCUGACUGGCAUAAGGCUAGGGAGUGCCAAGAUUAAGGAAAUUAUGUAGAAACUAAAUGAGUCUUUGGGCUUUAAAACUUUUACAUCAGUCAUGAAAUAAAAAAGAUUAUAUUCUACAAACAA